UGCAUUAAACGAAAACCUGACGAAUCUAAUUGGUAAUGAUGGGCAAAGACGGGUAGCCGCUAGUCCUUGUGAUGUUGCUCUCUUUGCCCCCUGUUUAACGUCCAAAACUGCGUACUGAAACAACCAAAUCUUGUUCCUUUCUCAGAUACAGCGGUACUUCUUUCGUUGGAUUCUUUAGCUUCCUUUCAUGGUGACAGGAGAGAUGGCCCGAAAUUCGCCGGAAGCCCGUGGUAGUGAGGAUUGCAUAGAACUUCUCAAGAAAAUGGAUCUUCAAGAGGUUCUGCAGGUUUUGUCUGGAGGAUUUUGCCACCAUUGCCAGGCUCUUUUAGAAAGUCGAAUUCACAAUCUCAUCAGUGGAAAAGUUAGUAAAAUGUCUUUGUCCAAUGAUAGCAUCAAAGUUUCAAAAGGAUUUCGGUCUGCAGAUGCAACAAACAUCAAUUCAUCUUAUAAUAAUUUGGAAUCUUUGUCUGCUGGGAAAUCAAGUCCAACCUUGAGCUCUAACCAAGAACCUGAAUCUGUUUGCUCAACGAGGCAAAAAGGGGUCACUGCUACUUCUUCACCUGCAUCAGUAAACAGCCAUCAGAAUUCAAUUGAUAGUUUGGGUUUUGAAAUACUGUUGAAUGAUGGACUUGCAGGAGCAUCUUCUAAGGUGGACAAUGGUUUAUCGGAGGAGCAAAAGGAGCAGAUUAGGUUUUCAAAAAUUGGCAGGAAAAAGGAUUUUGCUUGUACUGAGAGAAUCAAUGGGAAAUCAACCAAUAUUCUUAAAGGGCUAGAACUUCAUACUAAGGUUUUCAAUCCUGAAGAGCAGAAGAAAAUAGUUGAAUGUGUUUACAAUCUACAGCGCAUGGGCAGGAAGGGGCAACUUAGAGAACGCACAUAUUCAGAACCUAAGAAAUGGAUGCGUGGUAAAGGACGCAUCACAAUGCAAUUUGGAUGCUGUUACAAUUAUGCAGUGGACAAAAAUGGGAACCCCCCAGGUAUAGAUCGAGAUGAAGUUGUUGAUCCUCUGCCACCCACUUUCAAGCAAAUGAUCAAGAGAAUGGUCACGUGGCAUGUUUUGCCUCCGACAUGCAUUCCUGACAGCUGCAUCGUGAAUAUAUAUGAUGAAGGGGAUUGCAUUCCGCCUCAUAUUGAUCAUCAUGACUUUCUUCGACCAUUUUGUACUGUGUCAUUCUUGACUGAAUGCAACAUAGUCUUUGGUUCAAAUUUGAAGAUUCUCAGUCCGGGAGAGUUCUCUGGGCCUGUCUCUAUGCCUUUGCCUGUUGGAUCGGUUCUUGUUCUAAAUGGUAAUGGAGCAGACAUUGCUAAGCACUGCAUUCCAGGAGUCCCAGCAAAACGGAUUUCCAUAACUUUCAGGAAAAUGGAUGAUAGCAAACUACCAUACCAGUUCUCACCAGACCCUGACCUGUUGGGAAUUAAGCCUCUUGCAUAUUCUCCCUUGACAAAGUCACCAUACCAACAAAGCCAGCCGCAGAAGCCUCUUGGUUAUCAUUCAAUUGCUAAGUCACCAUUUCAGCAAAGCAACCACCAGAAUGGCAAACUCACAGCAAAGGAAUGUGGAAGUGGCAACACGAAUAACACCUCAUUUUUCAUGGACGAAGAUGGUUUUCCUCCGCUUGGCAGCUCAAAUUCUUCUAGUCGAUCCAGGGCUAGUAGAGCUGGAUCAAAACAAUACUUCGGCUAAAUCACUGAUUCAUUAACCUCAUGUACUUGUUUAUGUUAUGCAGCUGUUAGUGAAGUAACAAAUUUUGAUGCA